AUGAAGGCGUCGUCGAAUUUGUCGCUGCGGCGACGUGAGCUACUGGAGCGGUUACUUGACCUCUCUACAGCCACAUUUGACGAACAGGUUCUGAUCGUCAACAAAUUGUAUGACACCCCGCUCCCGACGCUGGAGGAGGUCCUGCUGCAGGUGUCUCAUGUUUGCAUCACUCACGGCGAGGCGGAGAUUCAGGACCUUUUGCGCAACUUUAUGCUCUGGAUAGCUGCUCAGUCGUUCAGCGCCGCGCUGCGAUUGUCGUGGACAGUGGACUCCGUGCAGAAGAUAUUUGGAUUGUUGGGGCUCGGUGACCGCGUGAAGGAGAUUCGGGACAGAAUUGAGAGCUUCGCGAUUAACCGCAGAGGGAAUGUUAGAGACGGGAAUGAUGACGAAGUGACAGAGGCAGAGAUUAUGCGGAAGGAAUUGCGGCUCAAGUUAUACAAUGAAGAGCGACAAUUUAUCAGCAUCGUCACACACUUGAGCUCCCAGCUGUGCCAACAUCCGGAUAAGCGAAAGCGCCAAACAGAAUUAAAAAGAAAGCUACAAGAAAUCAACAAUUCAUUGAGCACCCAGUCCAUCAUCUAUCCUUUCGGGGGUGUCGCGGAUCCCGUCAAGUGGAUUGUGAACAUAGCCGUGGAUGAAUGUGUUGUCUUCUCUUCUCGUGAAAGGGCACCCUUUUUGCUUCGCUGUGAAGUCAUUCUUGACGACACAACGUCGAUGGGUGACCCGGUGGCAUCAAAAUUGCGUUUACCCAAUGGGUCGUUUAAAAUUGCGGCUGAUUUCGAUGAGGUGUUUACACCGUCAUAUGCCCAAGAGGGGUCAGGUGACGAGAAAGACAUGAAAACUGAUGGGGUAUUUCAAGGUAGCGAUCGGGACGCAUUUGUAUGCGCGUUUGGUGAGUCAGCAGAAGAGUGUGUUGCACGUAUGCGAAAAAAAUCCGUCUUUGGGAAGCACCCAAACUGGAGUGUAGUUUCCGUUGUUGUUAAGGCAAAGGAUGAUCUGCGACAGGAGGAAUUGGCCUUGCAGCUAAUCGAUAUUUUUAACAAAAUUUGGGAGGAAGGUGGAAUUACAUGCUCCGUUCGUCCCCAUCGAGCUCUUUCUGUUUCCGCAGAUUCGGGGAUUAUGGAAUACUUGGAUGGUGCCUGCUCGAUCGACGGCAUCAAAAAAUUGUGCCAAGUGAGCAGCCUUGCGCAAUUUUUUAAUGAAGCUUUUGGGCCAGUGGGUUCCGAAAGGCAUUCCAAAGCUGAAAUGAAUUUUGUAGAGACGAUGGCAGGGUACAGCAUUGUUUCCUACAUGCUUCAGGUCAAAGAUAGACAUAACGGCAAUCUUAUGAUUAGCAGUGAGGGACACUUGGUGCAUAUCGACUUUGGGUUUAUGUUUGCUACGUCACCUGGUGGGAUAAAUUUUGAAUCUGCCCCCUUUAAGCUUUCGCAGGAGCUUAUGGAAGUGAUGGGAGGUGUUGGAAGUGCAGCGUUCAAUUACUUCAAGUUGUUGCUUUAUCAGGGAAUGGUGGCGGUACGGGAGCGUGCAGACGAUAUUUUAGGCCUUGUGUCGCUCAUGACUCCUUACAACACCAUGUCUUGCUUUGGCAGUGAUCCCGCAAGUACCGUUCAACAGCUGCGCUCUCGUUUUCGCUUUGACUUGGAGACCGAGACGGAUUUUGCUCUCCAUGUAAAAGAACUCAUUCUGGGAAGCGUCGAUAAUUGGCGAACGAGGCGAUACGAUCAGUUUCAAACCCUUCAGAAUGGUAUCUUGUGA